AGCGGCGGUUGUCCUUGCGGCGCCGCCGGGGACGGCGCACAGUUGCGGACGCUCGACUCGGCCUGGCAUCUCCCUCUCCAAGAAGGCCCGAAGGAGCUGCUCCAGAACCAUGUUGUCCCGGGCGGCGUGCAGCACGAGCAGGAAGCUGGCCCCAGCCUUGGGGUGUCUGGGCUCCCGGCACAAGCACAGCCUCCCCGACCUGCCGUACGACUACGGCGCCCUGGAGCCUCACAUCAACGCGCAGAUCAUGCAGCUGCACCACUGCAAGCACCACGCGGCCUACGUGAACAACCUGAACGCCACCGAGGAGAGGUACCAGGAGGCGCUGGCCAAGGGAGACGUUACAACUCAGAUCGCUCUUCAGCCUGCACUGAAGUUCAAUGGUGGAGGUCAUAUCAAUCAUAGCAUUUUCUGGACAAACCUGAGCCCUAAUGGUGGUGGAGAACCCGAAGGGGAGUUGCUGGAAGCCAUCAAACGUGACUUCGGUGCCUUUGAAAAAUUUAAGGAGAAGCUGACAACUGUAUCUGUUGGUGUCCAAGGCUCAGGUUGGGGUUGGCUUGGUUUCAACAAGGAACAGGGACGCUUGCAGAUUGCUGCUUGUUCUAAUCAGGAUCCAUUGCAAGGAACAACAGGCCUUAUUCCACUGCUGGGGAUUGAUGUAUGGGAGCAUGCAUAUUACCUUCAGUAUAAAAAUGUCAGACCUGAUUAUCUAAAAGCCAUCUGGAAUGUCAUCAACUGGGAGAAUGUAACUGAAAGAUACAGGGCUUGCAAAAAGUAAAAUGUUACACUGAGCACGUGGAGCUCUUUAUGACUAGUUUUGUAGGGUGUAGGGUACUACCAUGUACCAAUGAGCUGCUCUGUUGUAGCUUUUCCUGCUGUUGCUUAUUCACAUAUUUGAUAAACAGAACUUAAGGUUAUUAGUAACUUUUUGUUUUGAAAUUUUGUUAUUGUGCAAUUAUUUGAAAAUAGUAAAUGCUGUGAGUGAUUUAAUCUUGAUUGGUCAUUAUUCAGAGCUAAAAUAGCCAGGAGGUUAUAAUUGUCAUCAUAAAAUCAUCAAAAAUAUUUCAUUCUUGUACUUUUAGGGUCUGUAGGGAAGACUUUCUAAUCCUCUUUUAUUGCAGUUAUGGAAAAUCUAAUCUUUUUCCGCAGUAGUUUAACAAUAAAAUAUUAAAUAUUUCCCAAGUGCAAUAUUCAGUAUUUUGUGAAAAAUUGCUUUUUGUAAGUAAUCCUUUGUAGUGAUAUUUCUGGUAAUAUCACCCAGAGAAAGACACAUUUUGAUUUAUUGUAUCCUUUUUGAUUUUUUUGUUUGCUUUAUUGUAGAGAAUGCACAGCUACUACUAUAGAAGCUUUAUAUCAUUUUUUCAAUAAAGAGAACACCAUAUCCAUGAUACGGAGACACACAGCAUUCAAAUUAUGCUCCUGUAUAGCUUUUGCAAGUAGAGCUGCAUACUGUUUACAUAUAGCAGGGUCCCCUUGCAUUUGGCUUCACACUGACAUACGUUGUCCUCGGUUGUGUCAUCAUCUUUCUAGUUAUCUUUAAUGGCGAUAAAAAUUUUAUCAAGUGGACAUUUCCUAAUUUACAGUUCUGUUAGUGAAUAUUUCAUUGAUUUCUAAUUGUUAUUUAUUAGAAAUAGUGCUGUCUCGAGCAAACCCAAGCACAUAGGUUUUGCACAUUUUUAUUGGAAUGUUUUCCUAAUAUAGAUUUUUUUUUUUAAACUAUUUAAUAAUGUUAUCCCAAAUUUCUUUUUUCAUUUCCUUUUUUUGUGCCGGUAGGUAUAAGGUUCUCAACCCUUGACCCUGGUGUUAUACAGCUUCAGUCUAACCAACUGAGCUGACUGGCCACCCCUAUUUUUUUGUUUCGUCUAUUUUCCCCUCAACUUUAUUUUUCUGUUUUCAUGGAAAAAUGGAAUAACUUAGCAGUUUCAAUAUUGAUGACUGAAGCAUAAAAAAUAUUUAAAUUCAAGGAACUUUUUUUUUUAGAAUUUAAUUAGAAAAGAAUUUAGGCUUUCAGAAGUGUCCACGACAUUGAUGAGACUAUUGAUAACUGUGUGUGUUUGCGCUUGUGGAUUGAAAAAUCUUUGGAGACUAUGAUUGCCAUCCUUUCUAGACCACAGUGAAAUGAUCAUGGAGAACAAGUGGGAGUCAUGUGAUUACCUCUAAACAAGUUAGCAUACUCUGUUUAAACAGACCAUCUAGGAAAGUGGGACCUUUUAAAAGAUGGGCUUUUGAAUACCAGUCAUCUGCUAGAUCAUGGUUUAUAUUGAACUAACAAAGAUUUGCAGAGACUACUGACUUCUACAAAGCUUUUUGAUCCCACUAAGCUUUAAGAUUUCGAACAAAUUCAGUGUUGAGGUUUCUACUGGCCUCUACCUUUGCUCUGCUUUCUGUUGACACGAGCAAGGUUGUCUUUUCUCCCGCUGGACAGAUUUUAAGAGACUAAGAGAAUUUACCAAGUAAAGAUUUUUUUUUUUUUUUAAAGAUGACCGGUAAGGGGAUCUUAACACUUGACUUGGUGUUGUCAGCACCACGCUCACCCAGUGAGCAAACUGGCCAUCCCUAUAUGGGAUCCGAACCCAUGGCCUUGGUGUUAUUAGCACCGCACUCUCCCGAGUGAGCCACAGGCCGGCCCACCAAGUAAAGAUUUUAAUUACCCUGCAGACAAUGAGACUUUAAGAAUGUUUAACCUGUUUUUCAUUAUAGGAAAGAAAUAGAAAAAGUAAAAUUGCCGGUUUUGUUCGAAAAGAGCAGGAAUUGUCCAUCCAGGAAGAUUUAUUGUGGCUGAAUCAGCAGUGCCUGGUCUAGUCAUCCUUGCGCUUCAAAACCUUCGUCUGAUUAGUGCUGGAGGGAAACAGGAAUCAAAACAAAGUCUGUCUGUGAAACACUACCUGUUGCUUGAGCUGUUGUAUAAUAAUCAAACUUCGAGGUUGAGAAAUUAUAACUUAAUUGAAUACAUGAAAUUCAUGUUCUUAAAGUGAGAUUAGAAUUUCUGUUGAGCCCCUUUAAAAAAGUAGUAUCGAAGCCAUAAUGUUAAGAUUGAUGUGUGCGUGAGUCAUAUCUAAAACCAGGUACAGGGCUGGCUGGUUAGCUCUGUUGGUCAGAGCUUUGUGCUGAUAACACCAAAUUCCAGGGUUUGACCCUUGUUCCGCCCAGCCAUUGAAUAAAUAAAUAAAUAGAACUGGGCAUAAAUAUAAAUUAUACUAACUGUGUCAAUUUCAGGGGAACUGCUUUUUAGAAAAGCUAUUAGGUAAUAUUUUAUACAUUACCAUUUCUCAUUUUCAGUCAUACCCUAAUGAUUUUAGUAAGCUAAUGUCCUAUCUUCUAAGAUAUCCAUCAAACCUAGUGUAUCCUGGAAAUCCUAUAAAGUCCUUUGUAGUUUUCACUUAUUCAUUAAAGAAACAUUUAUUUUCCUGUUGUAAGUGUGAAAUUUUCUGACUUAAUAAAAGAAUCUGUCAACCAUCAAAA